AUGCGGCAGAGCUUCGUCAACUUCUCGGUGGCUCACCCUGGCCGCAAGUAUCGGCACGAAAAGCCGGACAUUAAGGUCUUGCUCGAGAAGAAGGAUGAAAAUUACGUGGAUGUUGCACAGGUCUUUUCCUGGCACAGCCUCAAAUCGUUCUGCGACAAGGAGUUUCCUAACAAGGUCUUCAGGUCGGACAGUGCUCGGAAAGCAUGGGUGAUCAAGAAAGGACUUCGUCUCCAAAAAGACGAGCAUGGCAUAGAAGGAGUUGCAAUUCCGAAGAGUGACGAGAAGGAGAUCCGCCUGGGCAAGAAGCUAUCGGCAACAAAAAUCCGUCAGCAGGACUUCGGCGACGGGUCGGAUUUCGGAAAGGAGGCCAUCGACGGGGCCCACCAGAAGAAUGCUUCUGGUCUGACAGCCGAGCUUGAAGCAGCCAAGAAAGAUGAUGCUGAUGAUGAUGAGGAGGACAAAGCGGAGGACGAAGAUGAUGCUGCUAGCGCUGCAUCUUCUCACUUCGGCUUGGAGCAGGAUGAGAGUGAGCUGGUAGUUCCGAAGCGACGGGUGUCGACCAAAGCUUCGGGUGUUUUGCCAUCGGCUCCUGGUGCCGCCAAGUCGAAGGCGAAAGCAAAGACCCCAACGACGCCUGAAAAGGCUGAACGUGCGGCCUCCAGAGCUUCCCCGCCGCAGUCCAAGCUGGCUGGCCUGUUGGAGGCAGGGCAGAAAGCGUUGCAGCAGCUCAAACUCGUCACAGCGGCUGCCAUCUGGAAGAACAGCAUCAAGGAAUCCGAGGUGACUGCACGCUUGAAAAAAGUGGUGCUUGCGCAGACUCCGCUGGAGCAAGCGAGCGUUCCAGACGGGGAUGCAAUGGCCAACAGAGUGUGUGAAUUCCUUGAGGAUGCCAAGACAGUGGCGAACCGGGUGACUUGUUUGUCUGACAUGAUCUUCAAGCUGAAGGGAGCAAAGCACAAGAUCAUGAGGCUCCUGGAGAACGGCGAUGUUGCCGAGGACCUCACAUCCGCCCUGCUGUCGCCUGCGAUGGACAUUGAGUCGCUCACCGCCAUUCUCACCAGCUUGGCCACGAAAGCCAGUCUCAGGGACUUCUUUCGCCUCCUUGCGCUGGUGGAGAUCUGUGACGAGGACGACAAUGAGUCAAUUUGGGGCUUCCACAAGAUUUGGGGCCGCAACGACCAGAUCGAUGCGAUGUUGCUGCGGUGCCAGAGUGCUGCAGUGUUCGGUUGGCUGGAGGGCAUCAAGAAUAUGGAAGCUUUCGAUGCCGCGCUCGAGGAGAUUCCGAUCGGUCUCUUCACCGCCCCGGAUGUGCUGAGGUUCCAAGAUGUUGUUGCCAGGGCGGGGGUGGCUCCGGGAGCACCAGCUUUGCAGCCUGCGGACGCGAGCAUCUUCAACAAUCAGACCGGAUUCGGAGCACAGCUGCUGAUCGACUUGCAGCGGGUCGUUGCGUGUUGCAUGGUGCGUGCGUGUGCCAACGAGCGGAAGACCGUCGGCAACGAUUUGAAGAUCAUGUUCAAGUCCAUGGCAGCUUGCAACGUCCAAAGCUCCCGUAUGACACUCUUGAUGCGCCAGCCUGGCAAGGGUGCCAUCGCUGUGGAAGAUUUGGUGUCAGAAGCCAAGAAAGCCUCGGAGGCUCUCAUGGAUCUGCUCGUCGCCCUCGGCGAGGAUGGUGAGGGCGGUGCAGAAAAGGCGGCUGCCAUCAAGGAGAAGGCUGCUGCCUGCAAGAAUGUGUCAGAGCUCUGUCGCGAGUUGGAGGGGUUGCAGCAGAACAAGGACGUUCAUGCAGACAUGUGCUCCCGCUUGAAAUUGGUGGAGGAGUUUUGCCACAAUGGUAUCAGAGAUGUCGAGAUCGCAAAAGAGGUCCUGAACAUGUUGUGGCAAGACGAGGCUGCGUCGCUCGUGCUUGCGUCGGAUCCGGCUCAAUGGAGCGAUCGAUCCAACGAUCCCGGGUGCAACGGCUGGUUCGAGCGUUUGGAAACCGUGUGUUGCAUGCUGAAGAUUAUCGGCGACAACAAGCACCCGGCUCCCAUGGCAGUGGAGUUUGUGAGGAAGUUGCAGGCCUUCCACCAGGCCAGUCAAGCAGCUGCAAUGCCCGAUGCCCUCCAGCAGGCCUGCCAGUUGCUCAAUGACUUGCAGGGGGUCUGCGAGAAUCUGGAUGGUGGAGACUUCGGCCCUCCUGCUCGGGAGUUGCUGCAGCGCCUUGAAAAAGUCAUCGAUACCAAGGGCAAGCAGUGGGUGCAGCGGUUGAUCACGGAGAAGGGAGGCGAGGCUGCGGCUUGCGUGGCGCGUGAGGUCCUCAAGACGCCCACUCCCUUCCUUGAUGGGUGCAUCGGGACCAUUGCUAUGACGUAUGAUGCCUCAGCUCAGAACAUCGAUGAGGUCGACACAACAGCCGCAGCCGAAUCCUUCACAGCUUUGGCCGCGUUGAUGCCGCUCUUCGCCAAGCUAUGCUCAGUUCAGCAAGAGUUCCUGCCGCCCGAGAAGGUCACCAGUUGCGACCGCUUUGUGACCAAGAUCACGGCAGUCAUGGCUGAGUUGUUGGGUGGGUUCAACAACAGCAUUGGGCAGCUGAAGCAGCUUGCAGAGAAGCCCGUCAGAGGUGCCGCUGCCAAGUGGGAGAUGGAGCCGGUGAAAUGGAUGUUCACAGGUGAUUCCGACGUUGACGCUGACACGCAGAUCAUGUUGGAGCUUCGUUCCGAGUUGAUCGAAAUGUGCAAAGGCGCAGAGAAAGUCAUCGCCAUCGGCACCGGGGCUCGCAUCGCUGAGCCGUUCAAGGCUUUGUGUGAUCAAGCCACCGCCCUAUGCAAGGAUAUGAAGGACCUCCGGCAAGAUGUGGCCCUCAGCGUUGGCACGAUGAUGGCUGCUGACGUCCUGCUCAACCCGAAGCACACCAACCCCAAGGCCACCAUCGAAAAGUCGAUGCGCUUCGUGACGAGCACUUUGGGCGUGACGCAUGCAGACUUGGAGAACAUUUCCCCCAAGCUCACAUCGCAGCUCGCCCAAUUCAAGGAUGAGCCAUCCGACAAGAAGCGGGCGAAGCCGGCUGAGCCGAAACCCGGCAA